CCACAGCCAUCGGCAUUAACUGGCAAAGGUCAAUUUUGUUGAGUUAUCGUUGGCUGGCUGUACGACAAUUUUAGUUAUACAAGGAUGUGUCCUGCUUCUAGCGUCAUAUGCAUGCAGUGAAACUGGUCUGCUCAGCCCACAGCAAACGGGAAGUGCAACCACAAGGCCAUUGUUUUGAAAGUGGUUCGAACGGUGACAGGAAAUGGCAAGCAAUACACUGCUGUUGUUUCUUCUACUCUGUGUGCAUGAGGGAACAAUGGCAAAUCAAGCUUCCAUUCAGGAGGAUGCCCCCUGCUACAGGAUCGAGCCUGUGACACUGGUAUGUGUGGUUAUCAGUGACAUUGUCCUGACCGUGGCUAUUGUCCUUAUCACCUACUUCUGUGCAAGCCGCCGCAGACGACAGACAUACAAUGCUGAAAAGGUCUACAUGAAUGUGAGGGCAAACUGCAAGAAGUAAGACAAUGAGGCACACAAGAACAGUCCACGGCACAUUGUUCACCAUUGCCUUUGCACAAUACACACCUAUAACUGAUUUCACACACCAUUGCCUUUGUACAAUACACAUCUAUAACUGAUUCCACACACCAUUGCCUUUGCGCAAUACACAUCUAUAACUGAUUUCACACACAUCCACACAUGGAUGCUUUGCACUGGGUAUGCAUCACGAAGGACAUGGAUUCCUCUCUUCAGUUCAGACCUUCAAACUGUUAUCAGUAUCUGCAGCUCAGAGAACGUAUGCCAGCUGACCUGAGGCCGCGAAUACUCAAAAUCAUAUCAGUAUCUGUAUUUUCAUGGUGUGUUAUCGCUUGGAAGGGGAUACUUGAGACAGCUGAGAGAUAUGUUGUGGAUAUGCUGAAGCAUCUUUACGAGUAUUAGCGUUUUCUAAGGUUACAUGGGAACAGACUACCAGGAUCACACGAAAUUGAAAUACAUGAAAUAUAAAGAUGUAGCGAUCAAUGGUGGGUUUUUUUUUACCGUUAUUUAGCUUGACCUCCCAACGUUUGACUAGGAGGCAUACUUAGGGGGUUUGGGUGGUUAGCUUUUAGUUCAAAGGUCAGUGAUUGACGAUCAAUGGUGACACACAUCAUGGACUUGGUCUUCCUUGCAUAUUCUGGAUGAAACAUUCUGAUUUUGCAUGAAGAUUACCUCAUAUCUCCUUUCAUCAAGCAUGAUAUUUUCAAUAAUGUGUACUAUAUUUAAUUUUAUAAAUACUUACAAAUGUCUUUGUAUACUUUCUGUAACAUUGCUGGCCAUUGGCGCCAUCUGCUGGCCUUGGCCUUGGCAGUUGUUCAAUCUGUCACUCAAUAUAUUAAGGAUAAUGUAUGCUUUGUGCCCAUCAACGAAUACAAUUGCAACAAAUGUAUUAAAGUACUAAAAAGAUUA